AUGGCGGCGAUGGAGGCUGAGGAUGUUGGCCAGGCUCUGAGGCAACAUCCCGGCGCCACACCUUUACAAGAGCAACAAAACAACAUCACAGUACGACCCUCGAUGCUCUAUGCAUAUCUCAGGGGCGCACAAGGGACUCCUAUGCUACCAGCAAGGCCCGCUUAUGUCCCCUGGGUGAGCCUGGUCGACCCCCUCUUCUUGCUCACCUGUUUGUUCAUCUGUCUGAGCUCCUCCGCAGUCGCCACACACGUUUCUCGGCUCCAAAUCACCCCCACCAUCGUCUCCCGAGUCGAAAAUACCGCCAGACCCACCCUCUGA